GGGUUUAUAAAGAGACACAGCUCCAUUACAGAAGUCUGCUAUUUCCCCACUCCAUACUGCCUUACCAUCCUGAUGUGCCGCACUGGUUCUCUAAGCAGAAUGGUUCUCCUCAUUUCAGUGCUCUUUGGCAUCCAGGUGCUGUGCCCCACGGCCACCUCUCUUCCUGCCAGAGAAGCACCGGCCGCGCUGCUCUCCCACCGCUGUGAUGACACGGCAGCAGAGCAGGCUGCAGACCUGGCUCUCCGGCAGAUCAAUGCUCACCGAAAAGAGGGCUACGUGUUCAGGCUCUACCGGAUUUUCAGUGUGCGAGAACAUCCUCAGGAGAUCACUGGUUCUGUCUUCUACCUCGUCUUGGACGUAGUAGACACCGAAUGCCAUGUACUCAGCAAAAGGUUGUGGAAGGACUGUGCAGCCAGAUCUGCUCAUACAACUGUUUAUGGUCAAUGCAAAGCAAUUAUCUACAUUAAUCAGGCAAGAAAUAUUGCUCAUCUGAAUACUUAUGAGUGCACUUUACAACGAGUUCCACCCAGAUAUAUUUGGAGAGUAUGUCCUGACUGCCCGGUUGAUGACUGUCCAACUGAGCCCAAAUAUUUGGAGGCUGCUGUUCAAAGCCUUGCAAAGUUCAAUGAAGAGAGUGAACAAACUCAUUAUUUCUCUGUCCUCAAUGUCACAAGAGCUUCAAUGCAGUGGGUUGUUGGUCCUGCAUAUUUUGUUGAGUUUUUAAUUCAAGAGACAUCCUGCUCCAAAAGUGACGCUAUUGCUGACAUCUCCAAGUGCAAGCCACUUUCAUCAGAACUAGCUCAAACAGGUUUCUGCAAAGGCUCUGUGGUAAAGAGUGACUUGGAACACAAACAGUUUGUCACAAUAUCCUGUGAAAUCUACAGUCCGCAGGAUCCUGCCACUGAAGAGGGGCAACAGCAAGCUGAUCAGACACCUGGAACAUCCAGCCACGAUCACCAAGCUUUCCCUUCUGAAACCAGUCCUUUCUCCCCACACCUAGAAAAAACAGUGGGCUGGGUUAAAAUUCUACCCCCUUCAACUGAGGACAACUCUUUCCAAAACCUAGCAGAAGGCCAAAAUGAACAUGAAGAUGGAAAGCCAGUUCCACCUGAGGCUGUAGGACCUACACCCAGUCUUGAUGGAGAAAAGACUCAAGUAGACAAACCAGACUUGACCAAACCAGUCACUGGACCAGUUAUUCUCCCUUUUCCUGAAGAACUUUCUCUAUCAGACUCAUGCCCAGGAGAAGCGAAGGAGGAAAAUUCCAUCAUCCAGCCUUUGCUGCCUAAAAAGCCUACCAAAGUCUAGCCAGCAUCCAAUCCCCUCAACUACCUGCAAGAAAAUAACGGCCACAAUGGCAACUUGGUCUUUCAAAUUGUGUAACGUCUUUAAAUAAAUAUAUUGCUUAUUACA